AUGCAGCUACUUCGCCUUUUUGGGGUCGUCGUCAUCGCUCUCGUCGUGCCAAGGAUCCUCGGCACAGCCAGCGCCGCGGACAUGCCAGCCAUUGUCGAGAAGUUCGAAGAGACCAAGGAUCUCUGGAACAAGUUGCAUGACAGUCACUAUGUCAGCGGCACCUACUCGACGCCCAUCGACGGGCCCUCGCCACCGUGGCAAAGCUUCUUGAAGACAUACGGACACGAUGUUGCCCAGGAAGAUCUGAGGCAGCCCGAAACAAUGCCCAUGUUCAAAAACAUCUACCGACUGGUGCAUUAUCCGAUGCGCUACAGCAAGAUCACCAUCCAUGGGGAGGGCGGUCCGCGCAUCGUCAUGUCCAGGCUCAUUACGCGAUACGCGGAGCAUCUGGACAAACAUCCGCAUCUCGUCGACGUCUACUGGCACAUGAGUCGGCCCAGUAACGCCGCGAGCUUGCUCGUGUCCCCACCUGCAGAGCACGUCGAGGACAACUUCUUUGUUUCCGACUGA